AUGAUACAGGUGAUAAAAGAGUUGGAGAGGAGUACAGCUGGAAAGGCUUUGGAGGCUGCAAAAAGGACAGGGCAGGAUUAUGCUGAAAAGAAAAACACGAUAGCAAAAGCCCUGGAAGAUCUGAAAGCCAACUUCUACUGUGCUCUCUGUGACAAGCAGUACUAUAAACACCAGGAGUUUGACAAUCACAUUAACUCAUACGAUCACGCUCACAAACAGAGACUCAAGGAAUUGAAGCAGAGGGAGUUUGCUCGAAAUGUAGCAUCGAAGUCGAGAAAGGAUGAAAGAAAACAGGAAAAAGCCCUUCAACGUUUGCACAAGUUAGCUGAGCUGAGGAAAGUGACAGCGUGUGCUCCUGGAAGUGGACCUAUGUUCAAAUCUACAACAGUGACUGUGCGGGAUAAUUCCGGUGAUAUCCCACAAAGCGCUGCCAUAGAUUCUUCCAGCAAACAGAAUUUCAGCUGUACACCGAUGCGCAAUGCACAGAAUUGCAAAGAUGCUACUUCAGAUACUUCUUCCACUCCUGAAAAUGCAUGUGGUAAUACAUCCAGAACUAACAAAUUUGGAGAUCAAGUUCAAGGAGCUCAAGGACAUAGAGUUGGGUUCUCCUUUGCUUUUCCUAAGAAAGCAGUAGUCAAACUGGAGUCUUCCGCUGCUGUUUUCUAUGAAUAUAAUGAUGAAACGUCUAUGGAGCAUGGACUUAGCAGAAGAAGCAGAUUUAUUCCAGGAACUUGCAAUCUUCAGUCUCCAUCAGCAACAGAAAUAGUCCUGUGUCCUGAAGAGAAACAAAACUGUUUGCACCCACUGGUGGAAAAAUGCACUGAUGCAGCAGAAGACCCUGAAAAUCAGGAAACAAAAGAGCUGGCCAGUGAGGAAAACAGAGAGCUAGAGAGCCCUGUAUUAAUUCCUGGUGUUUCCAAUUCAAAGCAGCUAGUGUCUUCUGACAUGGAGGGCUGCAAUACUGAUGUCAGUAUGGCAGAUGUACCGGGUCAAAUGCUGUCUGUGGUUGUGGACAGUACUCAAGUCCUGCCCCUGGACUGCAGCAGUUGUGAGCUGCUGGGAAAUGGAGCUGUUGCUCAGACUGCUGUGGAGGAUUGUUCGUCUCUGCAGGACACUGCUGAGGAAAAUGGUAAAGAUGGGAGCAGUGGCUUAUUAACAGUUGAAACUGAAAUAAGGAAGCUGGGAACAGAGGCAUUAGUUCCAUCACAUUCUGAAGAUGGCAGUAGAGUCCCCCAAAGCAAACUGGACGCACGCAAGAGAUCUUGUGAACCAUUUGUUCCUGUUCUUAGCAAAUACGGAUCAAAUAUUCUUCAGUGGCCAUCAGAAAUGCUAAUUUACACAAGUACAGACCCAUCCAUUUCUUAUAGCUGUAACCCUUUGUAUUUUGAUUUCAGAUCAUCAAAAGCAAGUGAUAGUCAAGAAAAACCCAAGCAUCAGGCAAACAUACCUUAUUUGCACCAUACAACUGAAUCCAACCAUAGCUUAGUCUCAGAUUUUGCAAAUAAGUCUACUUUAGAAUGUGGUGAUCCUGAAGCAGAAAUGGAUAAAAAUGCAGGUGACUAUACAGUACCCGUUGUAAGUAACAUUUCCCUCAUCAGAAAUUCUGAUCUUGCAAAAAAUCAAAGUAAAGUGGCCUUGGGUGAGUCAUUCAGGAUUAAAAAAAUAGAAAAGUAUCAAAUUUCAAAAAAUCACUUACGACAAAACGGUGCGAUAGAUGAGAAACAUAACAAAGUUCGGAUCAGAGAAAGUUAUGAAAAAUGGCUUCACAAAAGUAGAAAACGGAAAAGGAGAAGAAAAUUAUGUCAUUGUCAUCACCAUCAUUAUCAUCCUUGUGGGGAAGCAACAGUUGCAGAAAUGGAGAUUUCCUCAGUGAUAGAAAAGGAAAUGAGUUACAGAGAUGAAAAUAAAUAUCAGCACCUUCAAAGUAACCCAGAAAAGUGCAGAUACGAUGCAGGGAAUAUCUGGUUAGCUAUGGAUGAGGUACAGCAGUCUCAUCAAAAAGCUGACACUGAAAACAGUCUUAAAAGAGUCACGGCUACAUCAAAUCACCUCCAUGGGGGCAGAGGCUUAUGUGACAUCUGGCAUGCAAAAAGUAGGGAUCAACGCGGUGGUUGUAAACUUCUGCAUAGAAAGAGAAAAGCAAGCUCUCGGAGGCAGUUGAGGCAGCUAGCUCGAACUUGUAGGAGGCACAACUGCCUGUGCUCUAAAACCUGUUGUAGCUGGAAAGUCAGGAGGUCGAGCUGUAGCCCAGAGCAUAAAUGUUUAGGGCACUGCAGUGAAGAAAAGAGUCCAGGCCACCAUCAGUCCAUAAAGAGAGGUUACAGCUUCCUGACAGAUGAGCCGGAAAGAUCCCACAGGAAGCGGAGACAGCAUGCCUAUUCCUGUUCGUCAGAUGAAAAUUCGUACAGAGGGACGUGCUUGGCAGAGGAGUAUUUCAGGCAAGCGAGUGCUUCAAGUAUGCAUCACAAGGCAAAGGGAAAACACAGGAGGAGGAAAACUAGAAUCAGUCAUGAAUGCAUUGACAGGAAUGAGAGAAGUGAGGCUUCCAGGCCUUGUGAAGAAAGCUCUGCAAGUUCUACGUUAAAUGUUUUGGGAGAACUCUUGACUCAAGACAACAUAGAAGAUACUAAUGUGAAUUCCAAAGUUGAUCUUGCAGAAGAUACAGAUGAAACUAUGCAGCAGGAGGAAAACAAGGCAUCUCUGCCGAUGGGUGGUGCACACGUGCUCGAACAAGACAAGCCAACAGACUGUGCAGCACCGGAGAGCGUGCUGGGCAUGCUUUCGGACGUUGCCACCCAUUGUGCUGCUUCUGUUCCUGAGCAGGGUGCUCCAGCAGCUGCAAGCACACAAGGUGCUCUGAAGGAUGAAAAGAAAAAUGAAAAUGUAAACAGCCAUGAAAGUCAAGCUCGUUAUAAAGCUCCACUGCCCACCAGACGUUUGGACCAGGCUCCCCCAAAAUCAGUCCUUUGCCAUUAUGAGUUGGCUGAGUCUCUGCCACACGAGAAGAUAAAUGAGGUGACCAGUGACUGGGUACAGUGCAACUCUAGCAUAUUUAACAGCCCACCGCCCUUGCCAUUCAAAGAAGCACACCUCAACAGCCACACCUUUUUAGCUACAGAGCAGCUGGUAGCCCCCUUCACCCUUCCUGACCAGACGCUGAUAUUCCCUCCAGAUAACCACGAAAAAUUCAAAGACCUCCCAUCCGAGGCAUACCAGCAGCUCGUUCAACAGAACAUGCUGGCCAACAAGGUGAAGUUUACCCUUCCUCCCCCAGCCAUACAGCCUCCCAGCUCUCCGUUGCAGCCUCUGCCUUUGCAGCCACCGCUGUGCUCUACCUCGGUCACCACCAUCCACCACACCGUCCUGCAGCAGCACGCCGCGGCCAGUGCGCUCAAGGCCCUCCAGCCCCACCAGCACUUCCUCUCGCAGGUCCCGGCCCUUGCCAGAGCACCUUUACCUCAUCUGCCCGUAGGGCCCAGGCUUUGUCCCGGAGGCCCCGCGGCCUUUGUGGCCCCGCCGCACCUUCCGCUGGUGCCACCUUCAGUGCUGCAGCCGGCCCCGCUGGCCUUCUCACCACUGCCGCAUGCUGUUUUCCCCUCCCUGCUGUCCCCGCACCCGGCCGUCCUGCCGCUGCAGCCCCUCUUCUAGGACGGGUUCUUGGGGGGAAGAAGGAGCCUUCAGAUAGACAGAUGUGGGUCUCCUGGCACCCCUCGUCUUUGCAGUAGUCCUGUGAAAUAAACUGGUUGAAAUUCCUCUUUCCUUGGGAAGUAUCUACUGUAAGUAUAGCGAUGCAAACAUCCGUGUAAAGCUCAGACCUAUCCUAUAACUAAAGCACUGAAUAGUCUGAUAUUGAUAUGAACUAUAUAUAUAAGUGAAGUUCAUGUCUUAGAAUAUGUAUAAUGUAUAUAAAAUAUAUUUAUAGUUCUAUAACUUCUGUUGUAAAGUAUUCACCUUUUGUUUUUUUAUCCUUGUGUAUUUGCACCUAUUUAAUGUUUAGACAAAGCUGAUGCACUAUGUUUUGUACUAUGUUCUCUGAAACUGUAAAUCUAAGUGACAAACUAUCUCUUGCAAUAAAUUUUUGUUAACUACUUAAGUAUAUCAAAAAUCUUUCAUUAUAAGCCUCACGGAUGUCGUUGCUCUGUGUUCCUCUGCAUCCUCUACCCCUGCUGUGCUGGGAUAAUCGGGUUUCCUAUCCUUCGGUGAUUUAUCACGGAUGCUCAGAGGCUAAUACCUUGAGGGCAGCUGUCUCACUGAGCAAGAGAGAAAGGGUAACAGAUCCUUUUGUGUUAGCAGUUUGAUGUCACCGUGACAAAUUUUGCCUUCUUGUUGUCUUCUUUCACAAACUGCUGACUGUUGGAGCUAAUCCCUUUUCUACUAAACCACAAAAGGACUGCGUAACAAAAAUAACAUCAGUGGUAGAAGAAAAAGAACGGAUCAGCAGUGGUUUGACUUGAAGGGGAAUGUUCCUUAUGGCGCAAACGUACAGCACAGAGAGCCUUAUUUCCAUCAAGCCUUCAGCUGGUCUCCAUUUCUCAUGGCUACUUUUUGCACAUGGGCAGGAAGGUCAGGAGGAACUUCUCAUGGGGAAUUUUGAAUCUCACCAGGGGGAUCGUUCAGGUUCUUACCUCGUUUCACUCCCCCAUUACCUGCAGCAUUGGGGUAUUAAAAAUAUAUAAGUGACAUAGAAUAGAAAUAAUGAUAACACAUUGCUGUUAUUUCUAACUGUAUUCCAGAGAAUUCUCCCUACCUCUGAAGUCUUUUUAUUGCUGAUGAAACUCGA